AUGAACCCAAAGUUGUCUAUGGUAUUACCUUUGCCGUAACUAAAACCUGAAAACAACGAUGAAUACGAGAAUAGAAUCACUUUCAGAUUGUAUAUAGAGAAGCUGUUAAAUUAAAAAGUGGGGAGAUAUCUGGAGAUAAUUUCAGGUAUUGCAAGUUUGGCUAGUGUAGGAAUAUAUAUAGUCUCAACUUACUUUGAUUCAGUGGAAUGGCUGGCUACAUUAGAUAUAGUAGUUUGUUCUUUAUAUUUGACAGAGUAUUUAUUGAAAUUGUUUGCUGCUCAACACAGAUUGCAAUACAUAUUUUCUGACUUCGCCAUAAUUGAAUUGUUGACUGUGUUUCCUCUUUUCACAAUUCAAUCUGUAGGAAGUUGGAAUUAUUUGCAAAGACUGAUCAAUAUAUCUCGAAUUUUAAGAGUUUUUAGGAUUGUAAGGAUGAUCAACAAAAUAUAAUCGUUAUCAGACACUGAAAAUGGAGGAGUGAUGAGAUAAAUAUACGUGAUAUUUUCAACUGUUACAACAAUAAUCACAGUGACAGCUGGAGUGUUGUAUGCAUUCGAAUCUCCAAAGAGACAAGAACUAAUAGCCAAUGAUCCAAAUAAAGGUUGUUCAAAUCAAGUUGACAGAUGCAACUUUCAUGAAAUGAUAUACUUCACUAUAGUGACAUUGUCGACAGUCGGUUAUGGAGAUGUAAUUCCCUAAAGUGAAGAAGGUCGUGUAUGUGUUAUAGUUCUAAUUAUUAUUGUGCUGGUGGUCAUACCUAAACAGAUGAAUGAAUUGAUUAGAUUAAUGGGGUUGCAAAGUGUAUAUGCCAGAUCAUUCUACAAGCCAAACCAUGAGAUUCCUCAUAUCAUAAUUUGCGGCUAUGUGAGUGUAGCAUCUUUGAAGAACUUUUGCAAUGAAUUGUUCCAUCAGGAUCACGGAGGCUAAGACAAAAAUGCUAUCAUCUUGAAACCCUCAAUUCCCAAUACAGAGAUGGAGGACUUCUUGCACAAUGAACGUUACGAAAUGUUCCUGAUCUAUCUGCAAGGGAAUCCUAUGAUCGAGAGAGACUUGAGAAGAGCUGCUGUGACUUAAGCUAAGGCUUGUGUUAUUCUGACCAAUAAACAGAUUGUUGAUAGUCAUUCAGCUGAUCACAAGAACAUUCUGAUUGGGUUGUUGAUUAAGAAAUUUGUGAAUCAUCUAACUGGAUGCAAUAUUAGAUUGUGUAUGCAAUUGAUCAAACCGGAAAGUAAGAUGCACUAUAAAUAAUCAUUGGGAGUUAAAUAGAUAACUGAUUAAAUCAUAGUAGUCGAAGAAUUCAAAAUGAAUCUGUUGGCCAAAUCUUGUUUUUGUCCUGGCAUCAUUACCCUAUUAGGCAAUUUAGUUACAUCUGCUGGGGAACAGAAGGAGAGUUUAGAUUCCGAAUGGCUCACUCAAUACACAGAUGGCAUGGGACAUGAAAUCUAUAGGACUGAUUUGAGUUCCAAAUUUCAAGGCAAAACAUUUAGUGAAGUAGCUGCCAUUGUAUACAAUGAAUUCUCUGGCAUACUUUUCGGAUUGGAAUUAGACUUUGGAAAACAAGCCAUCAUAACACUCAAUCCCGGAGUCUUCGUCAUACAAAAUCAAUACAAAGUUCAUGCGUACAUCAUCUGCUAAGAUAAGAAAGUGGCAGAUCUCGUGGCUACUUAUGAUAUGACAACGGAAGAAAUUGCAAACUACCAUUUCUCUUUGUCUUAACCCAAUUCGGACAAGGACAAACUGAAUGAAGAAGAAGAGAACUAAGUUGAAGAUCUUCUGUUGUCUGGAAAAGAUCAAUUGGAUGAUCAAUACAUCAUCGAGUAAGAUUACCUCCUUCUUAAUGAACCUGUUUCUUUAAUGGAUGCCACUUCAAUAUUCUUAUUGGAAUAACCUGAGAUCAACAAUCAUAUUGUCGUUUGUGGCAUCCACCCUUCAAUCUAUUAUUUUUUGCUCCCCUUAAGAGCCAAGUACUUGAAGGAAAUUCAAUACGUUGUUAUCUUAGCACCUGAAAAACCUACUGAUAUUUGGGAGUACAUCAAUAAAUUCCCAAAGGUGAAAUUCGUGUAGGGAUCUCCCCUGAUUUCUGAGGAUUUGCAAAGAGCCAGCAUUCAUUGUGCAGAUAAGGCUGUUAUAUUCGCUCAAAGUUCUGAUGCUAAUAAAACUGAGUCUGAAGAUUUCUUAGACUAAAUGCAUGAUGCAGAGAGCAUUUUCAUUUACAAAGCCAUUAAGAAAAUCAAUCCUUCAAUUCAGAUCAUGAUUGAAUUGGUUUCCAGUUCCAAUAUUUAAUUUCUGCUCGACAAGGAUUAUAAAUAUCAAAAUGAUUUCAAAUAUGAAUUGACACCUCUAUAAGCCUCAGGAGAAGUCUAUAUUUCUGCCAUGAUCGACACACUCACCUGCCAGGCUUAUUACAAUCCGCAUAUCGUCACCAUCCUGCAAUAAAUUCUCACAGGCAUGAGACAGUCAAAUCCGAUAACCAAAGAAAUUGUUAAGAACUUAGAAAUCAAGGAUUCAAACCUAUAUCAGGUCCCUGUUCCUGAAGAUUAUCUAAACAAAACCUUUGGAGAAUUAUUUAAUUACUUAUCAAUUGAGAGACACUUGAUUCCAUUGGGCUUAUAUCGGUUGGCUAAGGCAGUCGAUAAUAAGCACCCUUACGUUUACACGAACCCUCCAGCAGAAACGACUCUCACUCCCAGGGACAAGGUCUUUGUAUUAGCACAUUAAUUACCCGCAGAUUUGAGUGGAAUACCAUUCGAUGCCAAUUUUGAUCAAAAACAGGUCAACAACAAAGAAGUGGAAAACAACAAGGCUUUGAACUUCCUCCUUGAAAAGUUGAAACAAUAAACUUCUUCCUAAAAUGGUGCCAAUAGAGUAGUGAAACAGAAGAAUGACAAGACUGUGAUAUUUCAAGGUCAGCAAAUUAAAUAAACUAAAAACAUAGAAGCAGAAAACAUGAAUCUAAAUGCGGCAGCUAUGUAGGUAUUGGAUUAAGUGAAUGAAUAAAUUUCUAUAGUUAAAGAUUAAAUUAAUGAUAUUAAAUCUAGCUUGGCUUAAAAGGAAGAUGAGAUAGUGGAAAAGUGUAGGAGAGCCAUUAGAUAUGAAUUGGGAACAGUGAUUUAUUGA